GCGUACAAAAAUAAUAAAUUAACAAUAUUAAAUAAAUUAAAAAGUCCAAACAGUGUUUGUGUGUUGGCACUGCAGACGCGGCGCUCAACAUGUGAGGUUAAAGCAGACAAACAGAAAACGGCAAAACAAAACUAGCAAGACAAUUUAAAAACAGUGAUUAACUUAUCAAUUGAAGCAUAGUUUAGUGCAGCAUUCUUUAAAGACACACAUAUUAUGGAUUCACGUAUGCUGAAUGUGUUUCACGAGGAUCCUUUCGAGGGGAACUUUGUCAAGUAUGAUCCAGAACCAAGUUUCUGGCCAACCAAUGAUGAUUUACAGUUAACCGACACACUCAAUGGUAUUCUGCCCAUUGAGCCGACAGAUGAAUCGUUGCUCAGUCCAAACGAGGCCGAGGAGCAGCUACAGAACAGAAAAAACUUGCUUCUCUACAGCGACUUUGUGGAGCAACAGCUGAGCGAUGAUACGAAUAUGCUCAAUGGCCAGGUCUAUAGGGGCAUCACAGAUUGCGAUGCCGAAGCGGCCUUUGAACAGCAGCGUCAGAUCAGCCUGCUAAUUAAUUCUGAUGACGAAAAUCCCGAUCCGGACGAUCGUGCGCUUGGGGACGAUGAUGUACAGAGCCAGUGCAGCAAUUCCACAUUUCGUACACGCACCGACAGCUCUUCCAUAGGAGAUUAUGAGUCACACUCCAGUGACUACGAUGAGAUUGAUGAGCGCUUGCUGCCCGCAGAUGCAUUCGUAUUGGACAGCGAGGAGCAUAAGCGACGUACGCUUAGCACAAACACCAUUUGCUCUGAAACGGAUGCCCUGGGUCUGAAUAUUGAUGUGAAUAACUUUGAUUUAGCUGAAUUUAUCACCAAAGAUGAUUUCGCUGACCAUGUAAAUUCUUUGCGUCCGCGAAACAUUCAACAUGUCAAAGCUGUGCCAGUGGCACCAGUAACUCCUAUUAAAUUACAAACAGAAUUAGUUAAAGCCAAGAAGCCACAAGUCAUUACAGCUGAGAGGCCAGUCGCAACGCUGCCUAAUCCUGUGGUCAUAACAUCCAAGAGUCGUGACUCCGAUUACGACUCGGAUUCAAUCAUCGAUGUAGAGACCGUCGAUGUGAUUGAAGUGGAUGAGUCUCUGUGGGUGGGCAAACAAGUGGACGAGCCCAUCGCCACUGAUGAUUUGUGCUAUGUGGACAAUGUAAAAGCCGAUCCAUCCUGGUGUCCCAAGCAAACGGCUAAGCGCAUACAUACCGCAGAGCACAAGGCAGCGUCGGCUUACAAUCAAAAUGCAGCCAAGUCAACGAGCGUUGUUGUUCCUCCUACUCUAGCAGCUCCGACUGCUAGCACAACGAAGCCAAAGCCCAGCAACAAUAUUUGUCUGGUGCCCAACAAAAAACAAUGCGAGUUUCUUAAACGCAAAGUGGGCAACAAGGCAGCUGGCACAGUCGCUGCCAGCAAGUCUAAAGUGUCUGCUAAGAAAACUCAAGAGGCUGCCGUAAAACCUGGCAGGCAACAGCAGCAGGCAUUGACCAGGCCAACGGAGACGCAACCAAUUAAUACCGGCCUAGGUCUGGGGGGCAAGAAUUUAGCGCUGUUGAAGCAUGAGCGCGAUGCGGCAGCUACCUCUCAGAACGCAGCGACUCCUACGCCUGCACCCAAGCGCAAACUCAAUCUAGAAGAGUACAAGCAGCGGCGAUGCGGUACAAUUGUUACAUCCAAACAGCUGGCAACGCCGGCUGCCAUGACAGCCAAACAAGUAAAAGUGGAGCCUUGCAAAGUGCUGCCACCAACAACACCUGUUCAGAAGGCGCAACAAUCGCCGCAUAAAGCAGCCAUUAGCAACAUUGUCAACAGUCUGAAGUAUCCGCCAUGCCAAGCAGUAGUUGCCACAGAUCCAAUCACUGUGGCCAAGAACAAAGUGUUGCGCAUGCUGGAGAUGAAACGAGCACAGCAGCUAAAGAUUAUUGAUUCGCGGGUGACCGCGAAGGUGCCAAGGGUAACGAAAUUGCCGCCUCUCAAGGAUAUAGUUAAAGACACAUACUGCAUGGAGGCUGAGUCCGAGACGGACGCAGCGCCGACUGCACAGGCCGUGGCCAGCAGUAAACUUAAGGCGGAUUAUGAAGAGAUUAUUAUUGUAUCGGUUAGCUGUAAUACAGAUAUUACGAUACCGCCGCACCAGGCAAGUGUUGCACUAAGAGACAACAAGACAACUACAGCCUCAUCACGCUCACUGUUAAAAUCCUCUGUGCUAUUGUACAACAUCUCCAAUGGCAGUGAUGCGGGCAGGGACAUGACCAACUCGCUGAUAGCCAGCAUACAGAGUGAGGUGGUUAAGCAAACGAACUGCGAAGCGCUGGCGACACCUGCAGCGAUGGCGACAACGGGUGCUGCAGAUAAGAAUGGACAGCAUGGCGAGGAUAUGGUCAUCAUGCAUCUGCCCAAGAAUCGUAUAAGAAAGCGCAUGGUCAGCAUGGGUACACAAACUGAUCUGCAACCCGAAUUUCCAUUGCUGACAUUGCCGACGACACGGCAAUCGCGCGAGCGAACGCGUCGCUCCUAUCGUAAACGUCGCAUUGAAGGCUCGGCACUGAAUGAAGUUAGCUGCAGUUCAUCUUCGUCUUCCACGUGCAGCAGCAUGGCUUCAUAUCGUUCACGCUCCAAUUCCAACUCAACGGAACGUUUGCGUCAUUCGGAUGCGAUGCCAGCCUGUGGCAGCAGUAUUGGCGGUGGUGGCUACUCGUCGCGCAGUACCCGUCGUCAUCGUAGCUCGGUGAGUUCCUCGUCCAAUUCGGAAGCUGGAAAAUACGAACGCCAGCAGCGACAACGUCGCACGAGUUACAAUAAGCGCCGCUCGAAAAAUCAAAUGCGUGACAAUUGCUCCACAUCGGGCUCUGAGUACAGCGAUCGUGAUCGGAGUCGUAGUCCGCACAGACGUUCACGUUCGCGGUCCACAUCGGCCACACGCUAUGGCAGUGGCAACAACAAUAACAAUAGACGUGGCUUCGUCGAUCGCAAUGUCUCACAGCCAGCCGUUGAGGAGCGCCGCAUUGUCUAUGUGGGUCGCAUUGAGGCAGAUACCACCAAGGAGUUGUUGCGUCGCAAAUUUUUGCCCUAUGGCAGUAUCAAACAAAUAACAAUACACUACAAGGAGAAUGGCAUGAAGUAUGGCUUUGUGACCUUUGAACGUGCACAGGACGCUUUCACGGCAAUCGACACGAGCCCCAGAGAUGCGCUAAUCAACAUGUAUGACAUUAGCUUUGGCGGACGACGCGCAUUCUGUCGCGCCUCCUAUGCAGAUUUGGACAAUGCGGGUAUCAACAACUACCAUUCGUAUGUGUUCCCCAAGGCAGCACCAGCUGCACCGCAGCCGGAAGAUUCCUUUGAAGCUCUGCUGUUGAAAGUUAAAGCAAAAUUAAAUGCAGGCAAGCCAGCACCAGCAGCAGCCGCAGCUGCUGCAUCACCACCAACAGCUGCAACGGAAACCGCAACAUUUGCCACAGCGGAUGGCAGCAGCAGCAGCAACAAAACUGACGAAUCGGUCAAUAGUCUGAUUUGACAGCUUUACUGUAAUUUGCAAAUGGAUUUAUUUUUAUAUUUAUGAUUUAGCAACCAACAUUAUGAGUUUCAACCUAGUAUCCAUCCCAAUAACUAUUCUCCGAUGUACAUAUAUAUGUAUAGAGCAUGAACUUUCUAACUGUUCAACCAAAAGCCUGAUUAUCAUUCAUAAACAACUUUCAUUAUUUAUUGUAAACUAGUUGACAAUAGCAUUGCAAACCAUAUUAACCCGAACAGUGAAAGGUUUUAACAAUCUACAGCGAAUUGAUAACAAAUAUGGAAAUUAUUAAAUGGAAUUGUGAUAAAAAGAAAUACAAAGUCAUUGAUUGCAUGUAAGUUAGCUGAAGCAACGGACUGCAGUUAAUAUUGUAAAAAAAGAAGGAAAAUAAUGUAACAAUAGAAUGGAAAUUGAAGUUAAUAGCCAUAACGUAACAAUCGAAACAAAUACAGACAGCAAAUAGUAAAAUACUUACAAGAUGCAACAGCUAUAGGAAAUAUACAAAUGAUAUAAAAUGUAUUAACUGUAUAGUACCAUAUAGAGAGAGCAAGGCACGCGCAUGCUGCAUGCGACGGUCACAAAUUAAACUGUUGAUAACUAAACUUUGAUAUUAGUUUGUAAAAGGAAUAUUUUGUACGUACGUAAUUUUAAUUUACUGGAUAUGAUUAUUUUGUAUAGCAAUUGAACUAAUCAAUGAACCGAAAACAAAUUAUAAAAUAAAAGCUGCCUUGAAUUAUCUAUCUGCCUGUACAUGAAUGUGACAGGUAAAUACAACAAAUGGCAGCAACAAUAGCAACUUAAAUUACAUUGCUUAAACACAUUUGAAUAAGAAAUUGUUAACUCAUUUAAAAGCUGGCUGAGCCUUGGGCCUGGCUAACUCAACUAACUUUCUCUUUGAUGAUUGCAUUGGCAAUUAUUAUAUUUUUGUUAGGCAUACAGCGAAAUUCUUAUAAAGAUAAAUACAAUUACAAUCUGUUUUCCUAAUUUAGUUAACUCAACUGUGUAAUUAGGCGAAAACAAAUUUUGUUUAAGUUUUUUGUACUCUCUUUGAAUAAUUU